AGAGUUUAGCCCGUUCCUCGUAGAGUCCCUUCGGAGUUUAGAAGUUGCAGAUCUAACCUACCUCUUCCAUUAUCCUCUUAAAUUUUCCUCCUCUUAAACAUUACACGCAUAAAGAGAUAUGGAGGGGAUUCGCGAGGCUGCUGUAGCUUAUUUUGAACAUCUGCCCGAGGAAAAGAAGAAUGAUGCCAGAACUAUUUUCGAUCGAAUGGACAAAAACAGUGACGGGAAAAUUGACAAAGAUGAAUACGAGGAGUAUCUCAAGAAAGAGAACAACACGGUUCUUACUCAUCGAAGCUUGUUUACAGAGCUGGACAAGGACGGCGAUGGAAGAUUGAAUUUUGAGGAAACAAAGGUCUUGUACUACAUCUUGCAGAGUGGAAGAGCUCUAUUUUGCAACUGUUGUGAUAAGUUCUUGGCAGACGUAUACUUCAGCUGCUUUCAAUGUUUCUGUCGUGAUCAUGAGUCAGCUAGUAGCACCUAUGAUCUUUGUUGUGAUUGUUAUGGUGGAAAAAAGUACAAACAUCUCCAUGGGCACAUCUUCUGGGAUAACUUUACUUUACUAAGUAAAAGCAGGAGCUUGGCAGUAAGAGCUCCCGAACAGAAGCGAACAGAAGUGCUUGAAAACAUUGAAAAGAUAGUGCAAGUUGCAGGCUUAGUUGUCGGUUGUGCUGCUAUUGCAGCGUCUUGGGGCUGCAGCAUUAUGUGAAAGAACAAAUGAUGUAUUUUAUUGUCACUGUGUUUUAAUUUUAUUAGAAUUUUGUAAGGGGUGAAACUUGAACCGCUUGCUUAUGGAAGACUAUUAUUAAUGAAGUAAUGAAAAACUUCAAACUAGAUUGAGCUUUUCAUGGGGAGCGAUCUUCAGCUAGUAAAGGGACUGACUUCAGCACUGGUCUACAAGCUCUUCAUUUAAAACUAGAUUUCUAUGGAAAUAGGGGAUUCUCUUACAUUUAUGUUAGUGAAAUAUAAGAGAGAGACAAUAUAUAACAGAGCAAAGAAUGUUGGAGAGUGUUGAAUUGUGAUUUGUGAUUUUUGAAAUUAUUGUAUGGUUACUUGUAUUGUUAAA